AUUUUAAUGUUGGUGAACUAAGCAGGAUUAGAGCGCGUGGAGAAUUAUUUCAUGGACUCAAGUCCACUCACUCUGAAAUACUACAUCAUACACAUGGAACUAAUGCCAAAAGGGUCAGAGGUGACGCAAGUACUGAGAACGUGCCCAGCAUGCGCCAAGAGGCCACCCCCUAACAAAAAUGAAGCCCAGCUGGAAGUUGAAUACAUCACCAAACGAAAGGGAAAUCUCAGCAGCAAAAAGCUUCACUCUUGUGGUCAUGACACUAAAGUACAAACAGAAUUAGAAGUGCUUGAAGACUAUGAAAGUCAGAUGUGCUUUCACUAUUGUAACAAAAAUUUGGGACACGAAAAGUUUUAUUCAGUUAGAACAUUCACAAAAGAUAAACUGCCAAUAGAUUUACAGGAUCCAGAAAUCUUCGAGUGCAUUCAAUGGUUAGCUAACCUGACAGUCAAAUUAGAAAUACAACUUGAUGAAUUCGAUGAUCGAAAUAACAGUAAAUUCAGAACUGGGAGCGGGAGCCUGUACAUAGCAGAAAGUCAGUAUGAGAGUACUUGCCCUUGUGACGAGUGCAAGCAGUCAAUAACUGGUCCCAAAGCUGAGUUUAGAUACAUAAGGGUGACCACAGCUAAACAUGUUAUUGGAAACGACGAAGCCAAAAAAACUAAAGUUUGGAUUGGUUUUGAAGAUGACAGAGAUAAAAGUAAAAUCAAAUAUCUACUCGGCCAUUCACUAGUUAGGUCUGACGAGAACGCAGACCGGUGCAUCCUGGAGUGCAUAACGCACGACUUGGAUCUUUACAAUUGGGUGCUGAACACCAGAAGCCAUAUCAGAGAUUUGGAACGAAGUCUGAAGUCUCGUUACGGCAAAAACUGUCCAAACUUAGCCGUGAUUAUUUCACAUCCACAUGGCGUUGAGAAGAAAAUUAGCUUUGGAAAGAUCACAAAUAGGUAUAUAAGAACGCAAGAGGAUUGUGGACCUGAUCGUCAGAGGACAUCUUUCGAUCACAACGUGCCGACAUGCAAAGGCAGCAGUGGAGCUGUCCUGUGGAUCUUGGGUUUGGAGAGAGUGGGCUACAUGGACCACAUGAUAACAGACCACACACACUCCGAUGGCGGAAUCACCGAAAACAAAAACAGCAGUGGGGAAGGUUUGGAAUGGGAGUUCCCAAACAUAGAAGAGCUAGAAGUCCACAACCAUGAAAAAUGAGCUGAAAAAAGGGUUGAGUCUUCGCACCAAAAGGUUUCCCUCUACUUUUCCUAUAUCGUGACGGAGAUAACAUGCGACUUGAAAAUAUGACUGCCUCGUUGGAUAUCUUUUACUUUUUGAGCUGUAGCUUUUACUGCAUAUAUGCAACUGCAAAUCUGACCAUAGAUCUGUUACACAUCCAGGAAUUAUUUUUUUUAAACAUAGCAACAAUGUAGAUUAUACACUACCAAAUGCAUAAAACCGCAUUUUAGGAAAUUAUUGCUACCACUAUAAGGUAGUCCAAUCUAAAUAGUUUUAUUUAGCAUCGCAACAUAACCUUACUAUCUAUUGUAAUAAAUUUUAAAACACGAAGAUUAGAACGUACUAGCGCAGUAAUCCUGUAGGACGGAAGAGGACAUAUUGGUACUCAGGACGUUCUCUGAUGACUGAAUGACGCGCACCACCUAACGCACCACUUAUGAUCUUUACAAUUCAAGAGGCAAUAUGAGAGGUUGAGAACGAAGUCUGAAGUCUCGUUACGACAAAAUUGUCCAAACGUCGCACUGAUUAUGUCACAUCCGCACGGUAACUAUAGAUCUGUUACACAUCCAUGAAUAUUAACUUUGUUUUCAACACCAACAUUAAAUUCCACUGAAAGAAAGUCAAUGCAUUGAACCACAUUUUAGUCAAUUAUCGUUACCACUAUAAGGUAAAUAGAAGUACAGUAAUGUUCACCUUUCAGACCAUGCGAUCUAUAGAGUAGAUCAUCUAUUUCUGUGGCCCCUUAUUAACGAUGGUGUCAUGUGGCCAGCACAAAGACCAGUCGCAUUUACUUUUUCCCAAUAAAUAGCAGGUACCCAUUAAAGCUAGGUGGACUCAGAGGUGCCCAAAGAUCCCAGUCUUCACUAGGGUUUGAUCCCCUUAGCCACCGCGCCUCCCUACUGUAAGGAAGUCUUAUCUAAAUAGUGUUUUUUACCUUCGUAACGUACACACAUUUACUGAAACAAAAUUACCCGAUGGAAUUUUAGCCUGAGCCCAUGGAAGAAUGUCUAGUUAUGGCAGCACCGAAACUU